AUCAGUUGCAGAACCCUCCGUAGCGACAAACCACUUUCGACAUCAUUAAAAACUCGUGUCAGCUAAAAUCACGCUACUCGGUCAGUUUGGCGCGAGCUUAUGAAGCACUGAUUCGAAACAAACGAUUCGUAAAGGGUUUGAAGCAUCGAUAAGUUACAAACGUUUUGAUCUCGACCAACAACUGUCAACAGGAGAGCAUACAGUAUCUCCACACUUCACAGGCAAUGUUGAAAGCGGUAACCAGGUCUCUGUGGUUAAAAUCUGUCGCUGGUAUAAGAAUGAUGUCCCACCACAGCCCCCUAUCAGGAAAGGUUGCUAUUGUAACUGCAUCAACUGAUGGGAUUGGGCUUGCGGCUGCAGAGGCCUUGGGUCAGAGAGGAGCACAUGUUGUUGUGAGCAGUCGACGACAGACCAACGUUGACAAGGCUGUAUCACUUUUGCGCAGUAAAAAUAUAAAAGUAACAGGGACCACAUGUAAUGUAGGAAACGCAGAAGACAGAGAGAAGCUCAUUAACAUGACAGUUGAGCAGUGUGGUGGUGUGGACAUCCUGGUGUCUAAUGCAGCAGUGAACCCAUUUUUUGGGAACAUAUUAGACUCAACAGAGGACGUCUGGGACAAAAUACUUGGAGUGAAUGUAAAAAGUUCAUUUCUACUGACCAAACUAGUCGUUCCUUACAUGGAGAAAAGAGGAGGUGGGUCGGUUGUGUUUGUGUCUUCAGUAGCAGGGUACCAGCCAAUGCAAGGCCUGGGCCCUUACAGUGUGAGUAAGACAGCUCUGCUUGGGUUAACUCGAGCACUUGCUCCUGAUCUCGCCCACAGUAAUAUCCGGGUCAACUGUGUUGCCCCUGGCAUCAUCAAGACGCGUUUCAGCUCUGCACUGUGGGAGAACGAGAAUGUGCUGGAAGAAGUCCUGAAGCAGAUAAGCAUGAAAAGACUUGGGAAACCAGAGGAGAUAGGCGGUGUGAUUGCAUUCCUGUGCACGGAUGAAGCCUCAUAUAUCACAGGAGAGACCUUUACUGUAACCGGAGGCAUCAACUGCAGACUUUGAAUGCCAGUGUGUGCUGUUCUUUACAGUAAUGUGUACUGAUGCAGGAUGUGUACAUCAGAGGAGCUGUCUGAUUGUAUGAUUCAACACAAAAAAAUCAUUUAUGUGGAAACGCAUAAAUAUUUUGUAAUUAUAAUAAAGUGUUUUUUUGUUGCAUAUUUUGUAAAAAUA